AUUAACUCAUCAACCAAACAGUAGGUUUUGUUUAGGGAAGGAUACAACGGCCAUUUAAUAAGACAUUGAAGUUAGAUUGAUUACUUUCAUCUGUCUAUAUAAUGAAAGGAGCACAGCACACUUUGUAGCUCUAACCAGUUGAGUAAAAGAGCUCUCCAACUUCAAUCAAGAAAUGAACCUCUUAAGUUUUUUUCUACUCACUGUUUUCAUUCACAUAAAUGUUCAUUUCAUCUCAGUUUCUUCAACUAAACCACCAUUUGCUUGUGAUUCAUCAGACCCAUCAACAAAAUCUUACACAUUUUGUAAAACUACAUUACCCCUUUCUGUAAGAGUUAAAGAUCUAAUCUCUCGUCUAACAUUAGAUGAAAAGAUAUCACAACUGGUUAAUACAGCACCAGGGAUUCCAAGAUUAGGUAUACCUAGUUAUCAAUGGUGGUCUGAAUCAUUACAUGGUGUUUCUGGUCAAGGACCUGGUAUUCAUUUUCAAGGACCCAUUUAUUCUGCUACUAGCUUCCCUCAAGUAAUAUUAACUGCAUCUUCUUUCGAUGCACAUCUCUGGUAUCGUAUUGGUCAGGCCAUUGGAAUAGAAGCCAGAGCUGUAUACAAUGCAGGGCAAGCAACAGGAAUGACAUUUUGGGCACCAAAUAUAAACAUAUUUAGAGAUCCAAGAUGGGGAAGAGGGCAAGAAACACCUGGUGAAGAUCCAAUGGUUACUAGUAAAUAUUCAGUUUCUUAUGUUAGAGGAAUUCAAGGUGAUUCUUUUGAAGGUGGGAAACUUAGAGGAGGUCAUCUUCAAGCUUCAGCUUGUUGUAAACAUUUCACUGCCUAUGAUCUAGACAGUUGGAAUGGAACUACUCGAUAUGUCUUCAAUGCUCAAGUUACAUUGCAAGAUUUAGCAGAUACUUAUCAACCACCAUUCAGAAGUUGUAUUACAGAAGGUAAAGCAAGUGGGAUAAUGUGUUCAUAUAAUCGUGUCAAUGGAGUUCCAAGUUGUGCAGAUUAUAACCUCUUGUCAACCACAGCCAGGGCAAAAUGGAGCUUCAAAGGGUACAUCACAUCUGAUUGUGAUGCGGUGUCCAUCAUCCAUGAUGCACAAGGAUAUGCCAAAACACCAGAAGACGCGGUGGGUGAUGUUCUCAAGGCUGGUAUGGAUGUUAACUGUGGUUCAUACUUGCAAGAGCACACGAAAUCAGCAGUGCAACAGAAAAAAGUUUCAGAAACUGACAUAAACAGAGCUCUCUCUAACCUCUUUACAACUAGAAUGAGAUUAGGACUCCUCAACGGCAACCCAACUCAACAGCCUUUCGGGAAAUUUGGUCCGAACAAUGUCUGCUCGAAAGCACAUCAAGGUCUUGCUCUUGAGGCUGCCCUUGACGGCAUUGUCCUUUUAACAAACAAAGCCAAACUACUCCCAUUGUCAAAAACUAAAACCAAAACCAUUGCUGUCAUUGGUCCAAAUGCCAAUGUUGCCAAAACACUUCAAGGGAACUAUUUCGGACCUCCAUGUAAAACCAUUACACCUUUUGAAGCAUUGAAGGGUUAUGUUAGGGAUACAUUUUAUCACCCGGGUUGUGGUUCAGUUGCAUGUAAUUCUUCGGUUUCAAUAGACCAAGCAGUGAAAUUGGCAAAAUCUGUUGACAAUGUCAUUAUGGUUAUGGGUUUGGAUCAAACAGAGGAACAGGAAGAACUUGAUCGAAUUGAUCUCUUACUUCCUGGGCAGCAAAGAGCUCUUAUUACAAGCGUUGCAAAAGCUGCAAAGAGACCGAUAGUUUUGGUGAUUCUCAGUGGAGGUCCUGUUGAUAUUGCUUUUGCUAAACGUGAUCGAAAGAUAGGAAGCAUUAUAUGGGCUGGUUAUCCUGGUGAAGCAGGUGGAGCUGCACUGGCGCAAAUUAUCUUGGGUGACCACAAUCCAGGGGGGAGAUUACCCAUCACUUGGUACCCACAGGAGUUCACCAAAAUCCCAAUGACAGAUAUGAGAAUGCGAGCAAAUCCUGCGACUGGGUAUCCAGGACGUACUUACAGAUUCUACAAGGGUAGAAAAGUGUUCAAAUUUGGUCAUGGUCUCAGCUACUCAAAAUACAGGUACAAAUUUGCAAAAGUUGAUCAGAACCAAUCUCCCUGACUCAAUUUAGCAACAUUCAAGCACUCAUGAAUAAAGCUCAGUGCCUUAUCUUUCUGUCUCUGAUGUUGGAACUGAAUACUGUGAGAAGCUUAAGUUUUCGGCAACUGUUGGAGUUGAAAAUUCAGGAGAAAUGUCCGGAAAGCAUCCUGUUUUGCUUUUCAUAAGACAAUCCGAGACCCGACGCGGAAGUCCAGUGAAGCAGUUGAUAGGGUUCCGAAGUGUGAAACUGGCUGCAGGAGAAAAGCUGAUCUAGAAUUCACUUUAAGCCCCUGCGAACACCUUAGUAGAGCAAAUAAUGAUGGUUUAAUGGUGAUGGAAGAAGGUUCUCAUUUCCUGGUGUUGGAGACCAGGAAUACCCAAUUUCAAUAUUGAUGUAACUCAUAGUGAGAAGAAUUUACUCUCAAAAUUUUAGGCAGCUCUGAGCAUCAGAUAGUCAUUUUUUUUUUGCAAGAAUGUACUGUGAUACUAUUAUUGAACUUCAAUUAAAUCAAAAUUAAUAUACUAGUAUAUUAAAUAAAUUUGAAUUCAACUUUGUUUCUUCUUGA